UCAGGCACAACUUUACAAAUGAUCACAACUAUUAACAAAUAUGUAUACGACAAAUGAUAUACCUACGUGGAUAUUGCGUUUAACAACUUUGUAUCCUAGCACAUGACUGUAUUUCGAUACCAGAAUUAGGACAUUAAAGUAAUAAACUGUACAUUCUUCAAUAUGUUUGGUGGACAAUUAGAGCUCAAAGUAAGAUGAAUGUGUCAGGAUAAUAGAAGACACAUCUCACAGGAUGGCAAGAUGCUGAGGGUGCUCACGCCAGUGUCCUCAGCACUCAGCACGCGAGAGCACGUGUCAGUGUGACCAGUGGGAAGAAGCAUUUUUUUGGAAACCGAAGCAUCAGUGUGAUUUUAAGUGAAAUGUUGUGUCAGUGAUGUUACAGUAACAGACUACUGAGGUUCUUACGUUGUUGAAGACGCGUGAUGUGAAGUGAUUGGUCUGGUCAAGUGAGGUGUGUCUUAUAAAUUGUCAUCAUCCCCUGGUGUGAGGACGUGUAGGUUACCUGUCCUGGCCGGCGAUGGAUAAGCGGUUCCUCAGACCUCCCCCCAUAGUGGGCAUCCGGGGCUUCAAGAAACUUUUCGUGAAGGAGGGUAACAUGUCAAACCCGGCGUCACGGAGAGGGUCUGUAUCAGGAGACGGCCUCUUCCACGAGAUGGCGGAGUUCAUGGGCCGAGGUCGCGGCUUCACCUCCUACGACCUCAUCUCCAGGACUCUCCACCAGCUGGCCCGAGAUGGCAUCAGUGAGGUGUUGAACUCAGCACUUGAUCGCCUGGGGAUCCACGGCAGGCGGCGCAUCAACAACCUAGACGCAGACAAGCUCGCUCCCUUGCAUUAUGCAGCCCGCUACGCACACGCAGACGCCGUCAGACUCCUCAUUCACGCUGGGGCCGAGGUGAACAUCCGUGGCCAAGAUAAACUAACGCCUCUCCAUUAUGCAGCCAGGUAUCGCAAACAGCUUAAGUCCAGCCGGAAGCAGUCGCCAGUACCUCCGCCCCCGAAGGAUGAAGAGGAGGAGGAAGAGGAAGAGAUUGGAAACAGAGGAGAGAACGAGGAGAAUCCUAAUGGAGAACAUGAGAGCUACAACUUGACUGUGGGAUCUACGCAGUCUGCAUUAACGAUUGGCAUAGGGAGUAUUUCUGAGACGUCGGUGAUCAGGAUUCUGGUGGAGUGUGGCGCUGAAGUCAACGCUCGGGAUGUGUAUGACCAAACACCCUUACACUACGCUGCCAUGAGAGGCAAUGUUCCUGCUGCCAGGGAUCUCCUCAAGUGUCCUCGAGUUUUGUGUGAGGCGCGGGACAAGCAGAAAAUGACACCGCUGUUCGUCGCCGCCACGUUUGGUUACGUGGACAUCAGCCGUAGACUUAUCCUAGCCGGGGCCAGCAUAUUUUCAAAGGAUGAAUCCGAACAAACACCUUUACACCGAGCCUCAAUGGAAGGCCAUCUGGAAAUUGUUGAGCUGCUGCUGAUGUCUGCUGUAGCGGCCGGAGGGAAGGCGACGUUGGAGAGGCUGGUUAGUGAGCGAGACAGUGAGGGACAGACGCCUCUACACCACGCUGUCAACAACAGUCACCUCCAGGUUGCGAGGCGUCUGCUUGACGCAGGCGCACACUUGGAAGCAGUGAGGGACACCUUGGCCACACCGCUUCACGCCGCUGCUGCAGUUGGUAAUACUGACCUCGUUAAGCUGUUGCUUCAGAAAGGAGCUCGGCUGGAGAGUGCCGACUGCAACCAGCAGACGCCCCUACACCGCGCGGCCGCCUACAACCAGGCACCAGUCGUCACCUUACUCCUCAACGCCGGGGCCAGCGUGGAGAAGAGAGACACGGACUCGUUUACGCCGCUGUUAGUGGCAGCCAGCGGUGGCCACGCGGCAGCAGUGCAGAUAUUGUUAAGCCACGGGGCUGAUGUGGAGGCUGUGGAUAAGGACGAUAAGUCAGCGGUGUAUUGGUGCGCUAGCCAGGGCAACGAGGAAGCUCUUGAGGUGCUCUUGAGCGACGACCACUGUCGGGAGCUAGUGGACGUGAGCGACCGGUACGACAACUCCCCGCUGCACGCGGCCGCCAAACACGGCUACAUGGCCAUCGUCAACAAGCUGCUGGAGGCGGGCUCUAAGGUGGACAACAAGAACGAGGACGAGGAGACGGCGUUCCAUGUCGCGGCAGAGGCUGGACAAGUCAGGGUUGUACGCGAACUGGUAAAUCGGUACAAAUUUCUUCUCUCUGAUGAGAACGAGUACUCGAACACCCCGCUGCACCUGGCGUGUCUACAAGGUCACACUGACGUAGCCAGGACGCUGCUGGAGGCUGGGGCGGCCGUCGAUGCCAGGAACUCCUCCCUCUGGACGCCACUAGACUGUGCCUCUGCCAAAGGCCAUGUUCUGUGUGUUCAUCUCCUGCUGGACUAUGACUCUCCUCUCGAUCCUCUUGAUAAGGGCUGUUUUUCUACUGGUCAGACAAGAACCACGCCCCUGCAACUGGCAGCGAAGGAGGGUCAUGUGGCUGUCACCCGCCUGCUGCUGGAGCGCGGAGCCUCGCUCUCUGCCUGCGACACUUCAGGAAGGAAUGCUUUGGAACUUGCUAUUUCUGCUGGCAAAAGGGAUGUCUGCAUGGCCAUUGUGAAGUCCAGUGAAUGGGAGGCAGGUCUGAGGAUUGUGAGGACAGAUGACAAUGGCCGGCGCGUCACCCCCUUCAGGAUGCUCGUCAAGAAGUUCCCAGAUGUGGCAGAGGUGGUACUUGACAGGUGCACAUCAACCAAUGGCAUGGAUUCAGAUGACAGAAAAUUUGACAUAUCAUUCAACUUUGAGUUUGUGGAAGACACCUAUACCUGUCACAAUGGAAGUGACACUGACUCCAUCAAUUCAAUCUCAACAUUUGAGCCGCCAUUUGACGAAGAAGGACAGCUCGCGGAAGACGCAGAACCCUACUCGCAAGACACGAGAGAACUGAAGAACAACCACCCUCUGAUGCUCAUGGUGAAGUAUAAGAGGCUAAAUCUUCUGGCCCAUCCAGUCUCCAUCUCCCUCGUCAAGCACAAGUGGAUGAGCUAUGGAAGGUUCGUGUACUAUUUAACGCUGGGAUUCUACAUGAUCUUCCUCAUCUUCCUCACUGGUUACAUCCUCACAGCAAGGGACUGGACAUCGGUCGCUGAUGAAAUGAACGGCACGGCAGUCAACACAACAGUACUGAUCCAGGCAGCCAAGCAGCAACAAUCUUGUGAGGAUAUACGAAAGGAGGUGAACUUGACAGACGGCGUAUUCGUUAUAGCAGGGAAGUGGGUGAUUAUUGUACUGGCAGCGCUUAACAUAAUGCGGGAGAUGUUCCAGUUUUACCGGGCUCGCCUCAAUUACAUUGGGUUGGAGAACUUGAUAGAAUGGUGCUGUUACAUCACCGCUGUUCUGCUUGUGUGGGACUUCACGGACUGUCCAGUCAGGCAGGAUUGGCAAUGGCAAGUUGGAGCAGCUUCAAUAUUUCUAGCAUGGAUGAAUCUGUUGCUCUUCAUCCGCAAGUUUCCCUUCCUAGGCAUCUAUGUUGUCAUGUUCACGGAUAUCUUUGCCACGUUUCUCAAGUUCUUCACCGUCUUUCUACUCUUCAUUGUUGCUUUUGCCCUCGGCUUUUACACGGUGCUGAGGGACCAGGAUCCCUUCAGGACUCCCGCCACCUCGCUCCUCAAGACCACCGUCAUGAUGAUCGGAGAGAUGGAGUUUGACGCCAUUUUCAACGAUGAAAAUGGACAGACACUGAAAUAUCCAGAAAUCACGUAUAUACUGUUCGUUGCCUUCCUCGUCUUGAUGUCCAUUCUAAUCAUGAACCUGUUGGUCGGCUUGGCUGUAGACGAUAUCAAGGCAGUGCAGGAUCAGGCUAUACUCAAGAGGCUUGCAAUGCAGACCCAGAUGGUGUUAGAUGUAGAAGCUCUGAUUCCAGAAACUCUGAAGAGGGUAUGCAUUGUCUGCAAGAAAAAGGUGUAUCCUAAUACACAUUAUGGGUCAUUCUCCAAGCUCUUCGGAGAUUUCAAGUUCAUGAACACAUUCGAGUUUUUUGCAGACGAGGAACAGCAUGAUUGGAAGCUUUGCAACCAACUGUUUCUUAGCAACAAAUGUGCCUCGAUAAACUCUUUUAUGAACGAUCAGGAGACUAUGCGCCGUGACAUGACUCAACUGAUGGCCGCAGUUGAGGACCUUCGCGCUCAGAACCAGCGGCAGAGAGCUCUUCUGAUUGCCCUCAUGAACGUCAGUAACCGCAACCAGAACAGGGAAACCAGCGAACCAGACAUAACCAAAUAUGUCUGAUAAUGAGGAACAAGGAAGGAAGGAAAGAGUCAGUGGGUUAGUGCAAAUGGAAUACAUCCAUUGUGAUGUAUGUUCACAACGACGUUAAAGAAACAAUUGCAUUUAAAUACCAGAGAAAGCAUAUAGAUAGUUUGCUAAAAAGUGUUCUCAUUCAGUGCAACUAUUUGCAUUGCAGUACAAAGUCAAAUCUAUAAAUUUUGUAUUUUACACCUUAUAUAAUAAUAAUUUAAACAUAAUCUUUACUUCACCUUUAGAGAUUGAAUUUUAAUGAAUCUGUUCUUAUUUGUUUCUUAGAAUGAUAGUUAUAAAUAUUUAUUUAAAAACUUGAUGAAAGUAUAUUUAAUUUACAGUGUAGAUUCUUGCCUUUUUUUUCUUAAAACAAUGAUCAGACGUAGUCAGCUGACCUUUAAGUGCUUAUUUACAAUAACUGCCCAGUACUGUUUAAUUAAAAUAACUGUUCACUACUGUUUAUUUAAAAUAGCUUCACUACUGUUUAUUUAAAAUAGCUUCACUACUGUUUAUUUAAAAUAGCUUCACUACUGUUUUUUUUACGAUAAGAACAUAAGAAUAAAAAAAACUGCAGAAGGCCUAUUGGGCCAUACGUGGCAUCUCCUAUUUAUAUCCUCCCAGACUUAUACAUAUACAGUAUAUGCCUAACCUGUGCUUGAAACAGUCAAGGUAUCCUACGUCUAUUAUGUUAUUCACCGACUGCCCCCUCCCCUUUAAAUUGUUUAAAUUCAAUACAAUAACUCCCGGGUGAUCGAUUUAAAGAAAAUCUUGGAUUGGUACAUGUUAUUUUUGCUCCCGGCCGCAGGUUCGAAUCCACGUCACGGCCCCUUGUGGAUUUGUUAAUAAGUAUCAAUGUUUACAACUUCAUUUAUGUAACGUGUUUGUUUCCUCUCUUCCAUUAUUAAUUGUCAAACUGAGACCAUAGGCUGCAAUUCAUCCUUCUAUUUAGUACCUAUUGUGACGAUCUUCAAUAGUUAGAAUUUGUACGUUCUUAGCUUUUAGAUAGUAGGAAUACAAUUAUUUACUAACAGCAUGUGGGUUAGUUAUUAGCUUUCUCUGUCUUAAGCUGUAUGGGUGGUCGAUGGAAAGAAAAUCUUAGAUUGGUACAUGUUGUUAAUUUUUGUUAUUUACAUAUAUAUAUUUUGUAAUAUAUAAAAAUAUCAUUAAAC